AUGGUAAUUAUUCAAUAUAAAUUUGAAAGAGAAAAGGACGUGAAGGUUUCAGGUUCAGGUGUAGUGGGCGUCGAAGGAGUCGAAAAAAUCGUGCAAGAGUUUGGGGAGGAGCACAAGCUUGACUUCCGUCUCACCAAGACCGCUCAUGGCAAGACUUACCAGACGCCAGACGGACGGCUGCAGAUUGUGGUGGAGGACCUCUUCAGUUUGUCACCCGCAAAAAUUGGACUCUUCGACGUUGUGUGGGACCGCGCUUCCAUCAUCGCCAUCAACGUCUGCGACAGAGAGAAGUACGCGGCAGUGAUGAUGAGUCUGCUGGAGCCUGAAUUUCGGUAUCUCCUGGUCAGCCUGGACUACGCUCCUUUUCCAAAUUUCAACGGCCCACCAAGCUCCAUUCCUCUUUCUGAACUGACCGUGCUGUAUGGAGACAAGGCAGAAUGCAAGCUACUCGAGUCACAUGGUGGAAAUGACUUCCAGAAGCUCCUGCCUUCAGGCAUCGAGGCGCUCGCUGAACGCUACGUUCUCAUGACGCCUAAAAAGAAAUGAUGAAUAACGAGACAUGGAUGGUUGAAGUUUUGACGAUUUUUUUAUAAUCUCCGUUUUUCGAGUUUCAAGGCAUAAGAAUAAUGCUUCUGAUUGCUAAGUAUUUGUGGUUGUUGAUACAUUACAAUGGGGUUCAAGAAUUUUGUACACGAAUCAAUACGUAACCAAGUUCCAAUUUUAUCGCUGUCACUCCACUAGCCGCGAAAUGGCUUUUAUUAUUUUGGAAUGUCAUAGAAAUGAAAAUAGAUUGAAAUAAUACAUGUCAGUUAUUAUUUGUGCAGUUAUUAACCGAGUUGCAUUUUAUCUGCGUUAAUUAGUAGUUAUUAGCAAUUACUUAUGAAAACUUCUAUUGGGUUUUGAACAAUAAAUUAUUGCAUGGUAGAAGGCUGCAUCUUGCA